AUGACGCUGUCUUGCUUGGAGGUUUUUGAGACCUCCAAAGAAAAUUGGACGGAUCCAGAAAGACUAAGACAACUUGUAAAGAGGAUCUUGCAGUUUAUAACUAUUCGAGAAUUCCCUCCAGCGAACGGUCACAAGCUGCCAUCUAUCAGCAAAAGUCGAUGGUGGAUACCGAGUGCCACAAGAGUUCUUGCUCUAAUAAACACAGCAAAUAGCAAGAACUCCCCAAAUCUGAUACCCUAUACAGAAUUUUACAACAGCGCCCUCGAUCAUAUCAAUCUUAUGGCAGAAUACUACAGGUGGCAAAAUCCGACAAAAAUCAACAGAUUCUCCUACUGUCAAUAUCCUUUUAUUUUGAGCAUAGUAGCGAAGAAGAUGAUUCUGCAACGAGAUUCUGAACAGCAGAUGAUUCUCAACGCAAGACGCAGCCUGAUGAGCCGAGCGCUUCAUCAACAAGCUCCAGACAUCGACGUCUUUUUCCUGAAUCUAAACGUCAGAAGGUCGCAUCUGGUUUCAGAUUCUCUCAAUGAGAUAGCAAGGAAGCAGUCUGACUUGAAAAAGAAACUGAAGGUGACUUUUGUUGGAGAGCCAGGCCUGGACAUGGGAGGACUCACCAAAGAGUGGUUUCUUCUGCUUAUUAAACAAAUAUUCGACCCAGACUACGGUAUGUUUGUGUACCAUAACAAGUCCAGAUGCUAUUGGUUCAGCACCACACAGGCAGGCAAUUUGAGGGAAUACAAUCUCAUAGGCGUUCUGAUGGGCUUGGCUGUGUACAAUUCCAUCAUUCUAGAUUUGCACUUCCCGACUGCCUGUUACAAAAAGUUGCUGAGCCCUCCAGUGGUCCCCCAGAAUUUGCAACAUGCCAAUGUAGGUGUCUGGAAGUUCGGCAUCGAUGACCUUGCAGAAGUCAUGCCAGAUGUUGCAGUUGGACUUCGAGAACUUCUUUCUUACGAGGGAAAUGUUGAAGAAGACUUCUGCAUGAAUUUUCAGGUGUCUGUUGAAGAAUUCGGCGGUGUGAAAACUCACGUGUUGAAGGCGGAUGGGGAAAAUAUUCCUGUAACAAAUGAAAACAGGCAAGAAUAUGUACAGUUGUAUACGGAGCUUAUUCUAAACAAGGCCAUAUAUCAACCUUUCAAAGCGUUUUAUCUCGGAUUUCACAGCGUAUGUGCAUCAAACGCUCUUAUUAUGCUUCGUCCUGAAGAAGUGGAAAUGCUUGUUUGCGGUUGUCCAACUCUCGAUAUGGACGAGUUAAGGAAAGUCACCGUGUAUGAUGGCUUCCACGAAGAAGAGCCCAUCAUUAAAGAGUUUUGGGAAAUUCUGAAAAGUUAUAGCCCUGAUUUGCAAAAACAGUUCCUAAGAUUUACAACUGGAAGUGACAGAGUUCCUGUUGGAGGAAUGGGAGAGAUGACAUUUAAAAUCUCUGCCCUUAAUCACAAUACUGAUAUGUUGCCCAUUUCUCACACCUGUUUCAAUCAGCUAGUACUCCCGAGGUACAAGAACAGGGAUAUUUUGAGAGAAAAAUUAACGAUCGCCAUUUCCAAUGCUGAAGGAUUUGGGCUGGAAUAAGCGCCCUCUGUUGUUGCAUCCUGUACUACUGAGAUAAAAAUAGAGAUUUAAGAAAUCGAUUUUUUUUAAAAAUCGGAUAUGAGAUAAAUAAACUUUCUACUGGAAUGCAAAGUAAGCAACUGGAGCUGAAUAGAUUGCUGAACAUUUGGGAUAGCCUUUCGGAACGAAAGUUACUAUGAACAAAAAUAUACUGUACAUAUAUGCUAUCUAAAAAUUCA